AUGUCCACCCAGAAGUACACCCUCCCACCCCUCCCCUACGCCUACGAUGCCCUCGAACCCGUCAUCUCCAGCCAAAUAAUGACCCUCCACCACCAAAAACACCACCAAACCUACAUCACAAACCUCAACGCCGCACUGGAAGCGCAAUCCACCGCGUUGAGCACCCAAAACAUCAGCGCCCUAAUCUCCCUGCAACAAAAAAUCAAGUUCAACGGCGGCGGCCACAUAAACCACUCCCUCUUCUGGGAGAAUCUGGCGCCGUACAAUUCACCGUCUACAAACAUCGAGAGUUCGGCACCAGACCUCAAGAGAGCGAUUGAGGCGCAGUUUGGGUCCGUGGAGGGUUUCAUCAAGGCGUUCAACGCGACGCUCCUUGGGAUCCAGGGGAGUGGAUGGGGCUGGCUUGUCAAGUCCAAUACUCCAGAGGGGAAACUGGAGAUUGUGACGACGAAGGACCAGGAUCCUGUUUCGGGGCUUGUGCCGAUCUUUGGGGUGGAUAUGUGGGAGCAUGCUUAUUACUUGCAGUACUUGAAUAAUAAGGCCGGGUAUGUGGAGGGGAUUUGGAGGGUGGUUAAUUGGGGGGUUGCGGAGGAGCGGUUCAGGAAUGGGAUUGAGGGUGCGGUGAAGUUGUGA